GAUCUGUGGAAAAAUGUUAUUGAAAUGGGGAAUUUCUACAAAAAUUCAAAAAGAAAAAAAAAAAAAAAGGAAGGAAGAAGAAAAGAAAAAAGAAAGAAGAAAACUGUGAACGAUGGUUGAAAUACUGGUAUAAUGGGAAAAAAUCAUUGAGAAAAAGAAAGAAAGAAAGAAAGAAAAAAAUCUGAAACGUCAAAAACCAUUAGUGAAUUGUUGCAUUUAGAACAAAGGGACUGUUGCGAGUAGAACUUAUGUUGCUGUAAGACAUGCGCUUUGGAGGCUGAGACCGUUAAAUGUGGAAUAAAGAUGUCGAUGACUCAACUCUAGGUGACAACUCAAAUGUCUCCGAGGAAGCAGAGGCGAGCCAAGUGCAUGCAAUUUUAGUUGCAGAGCCUUGUCAAUGCUCGCAGUAUUGUCGUUUGUCUCACAAAUGAGCCGUAAAGAAGGAGGCGAGGGUGUUGACUAUGCAUGCACACCCGAAGAAGUGCAACAGCAUUUCCAAUCCUGUGGUACUGUCAACAGAGUGACUAUUUUAACUGAUAAAUUUGGUCAGCCGAAGGGCUUUGCCUAUGUAGAGUUUCUUGAAGCUGAAGCUGUUCAAGAGGCUCUCGUUCUGAAUGAAUCUGAGCUACAUGGGCGGCAACUGAAGGUUUUGCCCAAGAGAACAAAUGUUCCUGGUAUGAAGCAAUAUCGUGCACGUCGCUAUAACCCGUAUGUGGGAUUUAGGAGACCUUAUGCACCACCAUAUUUCUAUUCACCUUACGGAUAUGGGAAGAUGCCCCGGUUUCGAAGGUCCAUGAGGUACAUGCCUUAUUAUUAGAUGAUGCCAUAUCAUUGUUCAGGUUUAAUAAGUUUGUCCUGAAAGAGUUGGCAGUUGCUUUUGAUCCUCGAGAGAAUAGAGAAAGGAUACAUGUCUAUAUUCAUGUUAUAUUGUUAUCUGCCUAUUGCUUUUGUUAUCUUGGAUAUAAAUUACUUUGCCGUUUCAAUAAGUACAUAUAUAUAUAUAUAUAUAUAUAUUUUUUGCCUAA